UUGUCCUCCCGCGUGGAGCAUGAACUCCAUCGACCCUUCAGUCCACCACACCUCCUCUCCAUCCGCCAGCUCUCUCCAACCCCAGCCCAAGGGCGCCCAGGAGCCGCAGGAGAUGGCUGUCUAUUGCGACAAUUUAAACAUGUAUCACCACCAGCAGAGCUUCCAGGGCGCACAGAGGCCGUCUGGAUACGGUUUCGGAGAUUACACAUCCUCCCCCAACCCAUACCUUUGGCUGAACAGGCCCGCUGUCAACUCCGCAUCCUUCAUGCCGCCUUCCUACGGGGCACAGCGGCAGUUCCUCACCAACUCCCCCGGGUUCGGGGGUCCAGACCUGGGUUGGCUGUCCAUCGCCAGUCAGGAGGAGUUGCUAAAGCUGGUCCGUCCUCCCUACUCCUACUCUGCGCUCAUCGCCAUGGCGAUCCAGAACGUGCACGAGAAGAAGUUGACCCUGAGUCAGAUCUACCGGUAUAUCGCUGAUAACUUCCCAUUCUACAAGAAGAGCAAGGUGGGGUGGCAGAACUCUAUCCGACAUAAUCUGUCACUUAACGACUGUUUUAAAAAGGUCCCCCGUGAUGAGGAUGACCCAGGUAAAGGGAACUACUGGACGUUGGAUCCUAACUGUGAGAAGAUGUUUGACAACGGGAACUUCAGGAGGAAGAGGAAGCGCCGCUCCGACUCCACUAACAGCACCAAGACAGAGGACGGCCAAACCGCCCCGCCCAUCAAGACCUUUGACAGCCCCCAGCUCCUAGGCACCGCCUCCCCAGACAUGGAGGUGGUCAGUGAGGGUCAUAAGAGCUCCUCCCCCCUAAGCCUGGUGUCCAGCGCUCCGUGUUUUAACAACUUUUUCAGCAGUAUGGCUGGGCUUGGCCCCGGUCCCCCCAGCAGACAGACUGGCUCUCUGGGGUUGGUCAACGAGCUGACCAAUAGGAACAUUACAGCCCUCCAUAGCAGCCCAUACCACAACCACACCACCCACACCCCGACGCAGGCCCCGGGCCAGGACUACCCGGGGGUCUCAGAUUCAGGCCACGGGGUCCACGGUCACCCAGCAGACAACCUGUCUCACUUCAACAGAGGAGUCCACUUCUACAACAGCUUCAGCGGAGGGGGGCAGACAGGACAGUUCAACAGCCACUUCUACAACAGCUUCAGCGUCAACGGUCUAAUAUACCCCAGAGAGGGCACGGACGUGUAG